UUGAGUGUCUGAGCAUGAUGGUAAUCCUCCUGAACUGUGUGACUCUUGGAAUGUUCCAACCCUGUGAAGAUGUUGACUGUUCAUCUGAUCGGUGCCAAAUUCUACAAGUUUUUGAUGACUUCAUCUUCAUCUUCUUUGCAAUGGAGAUGGUGGUGAAGAUGGUGGCCUUGGGGAUUUUUGGGAAGAAAUGUUACCUUGGAGAUACAUGGAAUAGAUUGGAUUUCUUCAUUGUGAUGGCUGGGAUGGUUGAGUAUUCCCUGGAUCUCCAGAACAUUAAUCUAUCUGCUAUCCGCACUGUGCGUGUCCUCCGACCUCUUAAGGCCAUCAAUCGAGUACCCAGUAUGAGGAUCCUGGUGAAUUUGCUGCUGGACACACUGCCCAUGUUGGGGAACGUCCUUCUUCUCUGUUUUUUUGUCUUCUUCAUAUUUGGAAUCAUUGGGGUGCAACUUUGGGCAGGACUGCUUCGGAACCGAUGUUUCCUAGAAGAGAACUUCACUAUACAAGGUGACAUAACAUUGCCACCUUAUUACCAGCCCGAGGAAGAUGAUGAGAUGCCAUUUAUCUGUUCCUUAUCUGGUGAUAAUGGCAUCAUGGGGUGCCAUGAGAUCCGUCCACUCAGAGAUCGGGGCCACGAGUGCUGCUUAGAUAAAGAAGACUUUUAUUAUUACAAUUCCAUUCGUCAAGAAUUCAAUGUCAGCGGCAUGUGUGUCAACUGGAACCAGUACUAUAAUGUCUGUCGUACUAGCAACACUAACCCACACAAGGGGGCCAUUAAUUUUGAUAACAUUGGCUAUGCUUGGAUUGUCAUAUUCCAGGUAAUCACACUGGAAGGCUGGGUGGAGAUCAUGUAUUAUGUAAUGGAUGCCCAUUCCUUUUACAAUUUUAUCUACUUCAUUCUUCUUAUUAUAGUUGGAUCAUUCUUCAUGAUCAAUUUGUGCCUGGUUGUUAUUGCCACUCAGUUUUCUGAGACCAAGCAAAGGGAACACCAGCUGAUGCAGGAGCAGAGGGCUUUGUAUUUAUCUUCUAGCACAGUAGCUAGUUAUGCUGAGCCUGGAGACUGUUAUGAGGAGAUCUUUCAAUAUGUGUGCCACAUCCUUCGAAAGGCCAAGCGUCGUACUAUCGCGCUUUACAAUAGUCUUCAGAGCCGGCGGCAAAGUCGUUUUGAGCUCAACAAUGCUAAGCUGGGGAUCAAUGGCAAAGAACAGCACCAUUUGUGGGUAUGUCAAAAGCACAACCAAUUGGAUUAUACCCCUCAUGCUAUUGUACAACCCAUUGCAAUGACGCUUACAUCUGACCUUUCAAAUUGCCCUCAAUGUACCAAAGUUAAAUGGGAUGAUGGACGAACGCAUUCUGCCCCGGAAAGCACAAAGUCAAGCCAAGAGGGGAGCCAGGGACAGGCGAGCGAGAAGGGAAGUGGUGACAGCACAUCUGAGCUAGAUAAAGACGGAGAAGAAGAUGGCGAUGAAGGCCUAUGUGAAAGAAUCUGCGUACAAAUACGUGUGAAGCUCAGAGGCAUAGUGGACAGCAAGUAUUUCAACCGUGGAAUCAUGAUAGCUAUUCUUGUGAACACAAUCAGUAUGGGUAUUGAGCACCAUGAACAACCAGAAGAACUCACCAAUAUCCUGGAAAUCAGUAACAUUGUCUUCACCAGUAUGUUUGCUCUGGAAAUGAUGUUGAAACUCUCAGCCUUCGGUUUGUUUGACUAUCUCCGAAACCCAUAUAACAUCUUCGAUGGUAUCAUUGUCAUUAUAAGUGUCUGGGAGAUUAUAGGGCAGAAUGAUGGUGGGCUGUCAGUUUUGAGAACCUUUCGCCUCCUGAGGGUGCUGAAACUCGUGCGGUUUAUGCCUGCGCUGAGGCGGCAGCUGGUGGUACUAAUGAAGACAAUGGACAAUGUGGCUACAUUCUGCAUGCUCCUCAUGCUCUUCAUCUUCAUAUUUAGUAUUCUUGGGAUGCAUAUCUUUGGAUGUAAAUUCAGCCUGAGGACAGAUUCGGGUGAUACUGUUCCUGACCGGAAAAACUUUGAUUCUUUGCUGUGGGCCAUUGUGACUGUUUUCCAGAUCCUGACACAAGAAGACUGGAACGUGGUGCUCUACAAUGGGAUGGCAAGCACAUCUCCAUGGGCUGCACUCUACUUUGUGGCACUGAUGACGUUUGGCAAUUACGUUCUUUUCAAUCUACUGGUUGCCAUUCUAGUAGAAGGAUUUCAAGCAGAGGGGGAUGCCAACAGGUCUUAUUCUGAUGAAGAAAGGAGUUCUUCAAACAUGGAAGAUUGUGACAAAUAUCGUGAAAUUCAGACGGGGUCUGAUCCAAAGCUUUGUACAGUUCCAAUGACUCCGAAUGGGCAUCUAGAGAACACACCUAUAACAAGCCAGCAGCUUGCUGGAGGAGUAAUGAACACAUCCAGGAAUUCUCUACAAAGGGACCAAGUGCUCGUAGCUAUGGACUGCAGGAAAAGUAGUGUGAUGUCAUUAGGUCGAACGACCUUUGACCAGAGGUCACAGACAGGAUCCCGACCAUCUCACUGGAACCGAAGUGGAGCAUAUGGCAGUCGCAGGUCCAGCUGGAACAGUUUAGGACGUCGUCCCAGUAUAAAACCUAGACCAUGUACAGCAGAGCAUGAAUCUUUACUCUCUCGGGGAGAGGACCAUAGAGAUAGAGGCUAUUCCAGGAGAACCUCCAGCCUAAAACACAGGAGGGCAAUGUCCCUGGACAACAAGGGCUCAUCUGAUAUUCCAGAUCAAUCUGGAAUUCAUGCUAAUCAUAAAUCAUCCAGCAAGGGAACCUCUUCAGCUGGAGAGUAUCAUGAUAUCUCUGGAAAAACUCCACAGAUCAUGAAAGAUGUUUUCCCCAAAAUGAACAACCGUAAAGAUAAGGAAGAAGAAGAGGAGGAGAUUGAUUAUAGCUUGUGCUUCCGGAUCAGAAAAAUGAUUGAGGUAUAUCGGCCGGAUUGGUGUGAAUUACGUGAGGACUGGUCCAUAUUCCUUUUCUCACCACAAAACAGGUUUCGCAUGAUGUGUCAGACAGUAAUUGCACACAAGCUAUUCGACUAUGUGGUGCUUGCAUUCAUUUUCCUUAACUGCAUCACCAUCGCUCUGGAGAGGCCUCAGAUUGAGCACAAGAGUACGGAGAGACUGUUUCUCAGUAUAUCAAACUAUAUAUUUACCGCUAUCUUUGUAGCUGAGAUGACAUUGAAGGUAGUCUCUCUCGGGUUAUAUUUCGGGGAUCAGGCCUACCUUCGCAGCAGCUGGAAUAUUUUAGAUGGGUUCCUUGUCUUUGUAUCUCUCAUUGACAUUGUGGUUUCUGUGGCAUCUGCCGGCGGAGCAAAAAUUCUUGGUGUCCUGAGGGUGCUACGGCUUUUACGAACACUGCGGCCUCUAAGGGUAAUAAGUCGAGCUCCAGGACUGAAAUUGGUGGUAGAAACUUUGAUAUCCUCUCUAAAGCCAAUUGGCAACAUUGUCCUAAUCUGUUGUGCCUUCUUCAUCAUCUUUGGAAUCCUUGGGGUACAGCUCUUCAAGGGUAAAUUUUUCUACUGCCUGGGUGUAGAUGUUCGGAAUGUCACCAACAGGUCAGACUGUGAAUCUGCCAAUUAUAAAUGGGUGCAUCACAAGUACAACUUUGAUAACCUGGGACAGGCCUUAAUGUCACUUUUUGUUUUGGCAUCAAAAGAUGGAUGGGUUAAUAUAAUGUAUAAUGGACUUGAUGCUGUUGCUGUGGAUCAACAGCCCGUUACCAAUCACAAUCCCUGGAUGCUGCUCUAUUUUAUCUCUUUCCUGCUCAUUGUUAGUUUCUUUGUAUUAAACAUGUUUGUGGGCGUAGUAGUAGAGAAUUUCCACAAGUGCCGGCAGCACCAGGAGGCAGAGGAAGCCCGAAGACGAGAGGAAAAGCGGCUGAGACGCUUGGAAAAAAAAAGAAGGAAAGCCCAGCGUUUGCCAUAUUAUGCCACCUACUGCCCUGCGCGCCUCUUAAUUCACACAGCCUGUACUAGCCAUUACUUGGAUAUAUUCAUUACAAUCAUCAUUUGCCUUAAUGUUGUUACAAUGUCCUUGGAGCACUACAGUCAACCAAGGUCUCUUGAAAUUGCCCUGAAGUACUGCAACUACAUGUUUACUACGGUGUUUGUACUUGAAGCCGUACUAAAGUUGGUGGCCUUUGGAUUUAGACGAUUUUUCAAGGACAGGUGGAACCAGUUGGACUUGGCCAUUGUGCUCCUAUCUGUAAUGGGAAUCACUUUGGAAGAAAUUGAGAUCAAUGCUGCGUUACCGAUCAAUCCCACCAUUAUUCGUAUCAUGAGAGUGCUGCGCAUCACAAGAGUACUGAAGCUGCUGAAAAUGGCAACAGGGAUGAGGGCAUUACUGGACACUGUCGUACAAGCUUUGCCGCAGGUAGGAAAUCUGGGUCUGCUCUUCAUGCUUCUCUUCUUUAUUUACGCUGCUCUGGGAGUGGAGCUGUUUGGGAAACUUGUAUGCAAUGACGACCACCCAUGUGAAGGAAUGAGCCGCCAUGCCACUUUUGAAAACUUUGGGAUGGCCUUUCUGACUCUUUUCCAGGUUUCUACUGGAGAUAAUUGGAAUGGAAUAAUGAAGGAUACUCUACGUGACUGUACCAAUGAUGACCGCAGCUGCUUGAGCAACCUACAGUUCAUCUCCCCUCUCUAUUUUGUAAGCUUCGUGCUCACAGCCCAGUUUGUACUUAUAAAUGUGGUGGUGGCCGUAUUGAUGAAGCACUUGGAUGACAGCAAUAAAGAAGCACAGGAGGAUGCUGAACUCGAUGCUGAGAUUGAAAUGGAGCUGGCUCAUGGCCUUUGUUCUCAGACUUCCCCGGUUUCCUCUGUGGAUAAUGGUGGACGUGGAGGAAGGCCGGCCACAGAGGGGCAUCGUAGCUUGAGGUGCUUUUCCCCUGCUCAGGAGAACUUGUGGCUGGACAGUGUUUCACUAAUAAUUAAGGAUUCAUUUGAAGGCGAAUUAAUGAUAAUUGAUAACCUGUCCGGAUCUGUUUUCCAUCACUACUCCUCUCCAGCAGUAUGUGAAAAGUGCAACCACGACAAGCAGGAGGUCCAGCUGGCAGAAAUGGAGGCCUUUUCUUUAACCUCUGACAAGUCCUCUUCAGUAUUGACUGAUGAUCUCAGUUCAGAAGAUCAAGGUGUCACAAGUCAGUUAAAGGAGAUGAAGGAUGGACAAGACAGUCCGGACUCUUUGGGGAUUGGAGUAUUUGGGGAAAACCUUUUCCCCCUUGCUAGUAUCCCUGGUUCCCCAAUAGCUGACCGUUACCUGUGUGAGAUUGACAAAGUCUCAUUAACUCCAGCAGAGUCGUGGGAUAGCUGGCUAAAAGAAGAGACUGACACAGUGUCUCCUCCGGCUCUGCCUACAGAUACAUUGAUUCCCCUUUUGCCAGUCCCUGCAGAGUUCUUCCAUCCUUCUAUCUCCACCACAGGCAAAGAUCCCGAAGACCCAGCACUCCAGAGAAGCCUCUCUAAACUUUCUUCUCCAGAAUCUUGGGCCACACUGCGAUCCCCAGAUGUCAACUGCUCACUACUUAGGCAGACAACAGAAAGCAAUUCAUCAAUGGAAAGCGGUAGCGCAACCUCUGAGGACAGCCUACAAACCACGCUUGAGGAUAGUUUAAAUCUAAGUGACUCUCCCCAGUGUACCUUAGACCUUCCUGAUCUCCGUGUAGCUCCUGUAUCGCAUCGUACAACCCUUCCUAUCUCUAGCCUUUCCAUGAUGCAGAGGAGGAGCAAUCGCCCUAGCUUUGCACUUCAGAAGGUUCGACGACAUCAGCGGAGUCAUAGCAGCGGUGGUAGCACUAGUCCUGGAUGUACUCUUCAUGACUCCAUGGACCCUUCUGAUGAAGAAGGGGCUGGAGGAAGCCUGAGAGGCACAAGUGAGCCCUCAGAGACACUUAGCAGUUUAUCCCUCACAUCCCUUUUUUCACCACCUUCUUCCUUAGCACCACCUGGUGGUGUCAUGAAAAAAUGCAGCAGUGUAAAUAGUCUUUCUGUUGCUCCUUCUAGGGUAAGAGGAGCAAAGCAAUUUUACACAGUUGAUCCACAGGGCUUCCUUUCAAUGCCAUCAUGGGUGAUGGAUUUUUACCAAACUUCUACUCCCUCAGACAACCAACAGAGUCGUAGCAGUACCGCAAAAUUACCAGCUGUUGAAAGAGGGAUCCCUAAAAGUAGAGUCUCAGGAAAUGUGGAUUGUGGCAAUAAUAGUCGGAGGAACAGAUGAGAUUUAUUUAUCUUUCUUUGGGUGGGUGGCAGGUCAGUUUCCUGGAGGAUGAUUUCCUAACUCAGCAAAGUGGAGGGGAAUGGCCUUACGGCUCUCAAACAGACGGGCAGGAAACGUUACAUUACCUCACUGUGUGAGCCAGCCAAGCAAUGCAACUGGAGACAAGAGAGAGAAAGUCGGCUGAGCUCUAGGGCUCCGAAGUGGAAGAACCGCUGUACUGUAACCAGCCUUUGGGGCUAUUACAUAUAGUAUAUAAUAUAUAUAUUAUUUUAUUUAUAUAUAUUUUAUUUUUACUCUUGCUUGGACUUUCUGAAAGUUUGUAUUAUAAAAGGUAUCUUUAUGUGGCAAUACAAAUAUUUGGUGGAGGAGA